UCUGAUGAAGCAAAAUCCGCAGAGGCGAUCGAGAUAGAGGCAAGGGGAAGUUUGAUUUUCCUGAACUUGGUGAACCAAAUUUGAUUUUGGCGGGUCAAAAUCGCAGGAGCCAAAAUAUGAAGCAAGUUUUUAUCAUUCUUUGUCUUUCAUUCAAUCCUUAUCUACCGUCUACACCACAAACUUGCUGUGUUUUCAUCUUCUACGAUCAGAGUUCAUUAGGUACUUGAGUAGAUUAAAGUCAUAUGUGCGAAAUAAAAGUCGACCGGAGGGUAAUAUGGCAAAAGGAUACCUUGCAAAUGAAUGCUUGACAUUUUGCUCGAGGUAUAUGGAAGGUGUUGAGACACGGUUCAACCGGAUGUCUCGAAAUUAUGAUGAUGGAGGUAAUGGUACCGAAGGAUUAUCUAUUUUCUCAAUGCCUGGCCGACCAUUAGGUAAGGGCGUGAUAGACACAAUGGAUGAUGGCACAAAAGAAAAGGCACAUCGAUAUGUGCUAUUUAAUUGUGAGACAGUCAACAAAUUUAUUGAACAACACCGUAGACUUGUUGCCAUACAAAAUCCACGUCUUCGUGAAAUGGCCAUUGAUCGCAUUCAUAGUGAAACAUUUCCAACAUGGUUUGAUAAACAUGUUGAGGAAUUGCAUAAUGCAGGGGAUAGUCAAAUAACUGAAGAGCUUAGAUGUUUGGCUCAUGGUCCAAAUAGAAUUUUCACAAAAUAUAAGCGAUAAUUGAUAAAUGGUUUUAGGUUCCAUACUAAAGAGAUCGAGCGAAAGAGAAAAACUCAAAAUAGUGGGAUUAUUGUCACGGCAAAAACACGAAGCUUUGCAAGUGGUAGAGAUGGAAAUCCGGUCUCUGGAGAUGUUACAUUUUAUGGAGUGUUAACAGAUAUAAUUGAGUUAGAUUAUUUGUUUGGGAAGAGGGUCGUGUUAUUUAAAGGUGAAUGGGUGUCACAAUCAGGGAAAAGACAAGAUAAAGAUUGCACAAUAGUCAACUUUGUACGAUUAAUAAAAGAUGCUAAGCCUUUUGUAUUGGCUUCUCAAGCAGAACAGGUAAUGUAUGUAGAAGACUUGAAACACAAAGAUUGGCAAGUUGCUAUCAAGAUAAAUCCGAGAGAUUUUGAUGAUAUGAAUGCGGGGUCUUCUGUGGACAAUGUGGAGGCAAACUUGCAGAGUGUUGUAUGCAAUACACAAAGUGGUGAUGGGGACAAUAAUUUUGAUUUGGUUCGAACAGACAUGUCUGCUGCAAUUGUAGAUGCACCACUUUCUCAGGUGUUGAGAGACAACAAUGUUCAUGAUGAUGGAGAUGAUGAUGGAGAUGAGAAAGAAUUUGAUCUUAUAUGACUGUUAAACUUAUUGAACAUUGCUAGUUAUUUAUAUUUGAAAUCAAUUCUAUAGUUUCAUUUUGUUCUCUUUCUUUAUCAUUGUUUUUGUUAAUUUAAUUGAUUGUUUGAAGAAUGAAUAAUGCGUUUUUAAUUUAACUAUGUGAUUUUCAUAUGUGGGUACAAAAUAUUUAUUCACUAUAUGUUACAUUUAGUCACUACCAAGAUAACAACGCAAUAAAGGUGAAUUCACAAUUUUUUUUUGUUAAUUUUCUUCAAGUAUUUUGUUCAUUUGCAGAUAAUUUAUUUGGAUCAUUCUAAGUUUACAAUUUGAUUUGUCUAUUUUACUUGAAUCAUACUAGGAUUCAUCCAUAAAGCAAAAAGCCUAUGGACCCAUAUCUUCAGUUUCGCUCAGGCAAUGUUGGUGAGUUUAGUGAGUCAACUCCAUCUGAGAUACAACCAAAUUCUAGUCAACCCAAUGAUAAUGCAGUCAAAGUUUGAUCUUCCAAGUCAUGCUAGGAAGUGGGUUAUGAAGUGCUCUGGUAAGAAGUUAAAAGACUGGAAGGCAAACAAUAAGAAAAAUUAUUAUAAGAACCACUUGAGUUUUGACCAACAAAAGCAUUAUAGAGAUAGUAGAGUAUAUGCUGAUCAGUGGGAACAUCUUAUUAAGUUUUGGGCCAUCGAAGAAGUAAAGGCAAAAAGUGAUAAGAACAAAGCAAGUCGUGCAGAGCGAAAGUAUAAUCAUACUAUUAGAAUAAAAAGUUUUCCACGUGUUCGAAAGGAGCAGAAAAAUAAGUUGGGACACUCUCCAACUCGUGCUCACAUGUUUAAAGUAUGUUAUACAAAGGAGACUGGAACCCCUCAGGCAACAAAAGCAAUGAUAGAUGAAAUGAAUGAGAGGACAACCUUAAAUGCAAAUUUAUCGAAUAAGGGCCCAAAUGAUGCAUUUGGACAAGUGAUGAGUAAAGAAAAACAUGGACGAGUUCGCAUGUAUGGAUUAGGUGUCUCCCCGUCUAAUUUAUGGAGAGAUACAUCUGGUCAUAAAGCAAACCAAGACACAACAAUGGAUGUUAUGAAAGCUGAAAAUUCGGAGCUAGGGUCCAAAGUUUCCCAUGUUCAACAUGCUCCGAAUAACUUGACAAACACAUCUAAUCAGGAAAUUUUUUUAAUAGAAUUUAUAAGUUAUUAAUGUUUUCCUACACUUAUAUAUGCAUACAUAUAUCUAUGUGUGUGUGUUUGUAAAAUUAAAUAGUUCAAAUUUGGUUAGGCCACAACAACUUCUACUCCUCUCGACAUGGCAGCUCGACAUCAAGCAUGGGCUUUGUCAUCGAUACAAGAUACUUCUCUUACUCAGGUACCUACUAAGAGCUAAUCAUAGAUAUCACAUUACUUCCAACUUUAUUUUAGAAUAGCAUGCAACACUUAUUUUACAAUUAACCAAGGAAUGAAUAUUGCGAACAUAAAUUUCAUUAUUUAAAUCUAGACAAAAUGUGCUACAUAGUCUAAAUCAUGACAUGACGAAGUUUGUGCUUUUUUUUUUUAAAAA